ACUGAAAAGGAAUAACUGUAAAGAAGAUCCAGAGUCGGUCUGUUUGGCUCAUCAUUGCCUCCUUCCUUCCACAGUUUUCAAUUUCAUUGUUCGUAUACGAAUUCGAGUUCUAAUCUCUAGAGAAAGAAAAUCAGAGAAAGAUGCAAGGUGCUUCCGUGGUGGUGAAUACUUCUCCGCCUUAUACAUACGGUGGUAGGACCCAGCAAACCCUAGAACCAUCAUGUUGUCCUUCCUCUACUAGUCUCCUCCACCCUCCUCCCUUCAAGAUUUCCGUGUUAUUGAGCAAUCGGAUAUCAUUCUCCAGUAGGGGCAAUUUGAUGCGGUGGAGGGCAUCGCCUUCGGUGCGGAUUCAAUCGCCGGCUGCUAGGCAGGUUGUAAAAUCUGUUGCUACUCCAGAUUCAGCCGUGGAAUUACCACUCACUGCAGAAAAUAUCGAGAGUGUAUUGGACGAAAUUCGACCGUAUCUCAUUGCAGAUGGGGGUAAUGUGGCUUUACAUGAGAUUGAUGGCAAUGUCGUACGGUUGAAGCUACAAGGAGCCUGUGGUUCCUGUCCAAGCUCUGUAAUGACAAUGAAAAUGGGUAUAGAGCGUCGUUUGAUGGAGAAGAUGCCUGAAAUUGUUGCAGUGGAAUCGAUACCAGAUGAAGAAACUGGCCUGGAGCUCAAUGAUGAAAACAUAGAGAAGGUCCUUGAAGAAAUAAGGCCCUUCCUCGUUGGGGCAGCAGGUGGAAAUCUAGAACUUGUAGCUAUCGAGGAGCCAAUAGUGAAAGUUCGAUUAACAGGUCCAGCAGCAGGUGUUAUGACUGUCCGAGUGGCUGUUACUCAGAAACUCCGAGAAAAAAUCCCAAGCAUUGCAGCUGUUCAACUUUUACAGUAGGAGACUACACGGGUCUUUAUCUAAAGUGCUUUUCAUGAACUGAGUAUGGGCUAACCUGAAGUUUUGUGCACCAUAGAAGAAUGAGGAACACGAAGGGCGGAAGCAGGUGCGUGAUAGAUGCAUCAGAUUUAUCAUCUAUUACAUUCUGUACAGUUUCAACUUUGUUUGUAACGGCAUACCUUGAAAUUGUAUACAGGAAUUUCUCUGUUGUAAUAAGCAGUGUUCGCCAGAAGUACCUCUUAUUUUGUGUGCCGGGGGGGGGGGGGGGG